CCACACUUAGCAUAUUGAUGUAAACACAUCUAAAUUAUCAGAAAUAUUUGUUUAUUGCGCUCAAAAGAUGCAAUGAUUUUUAACGUUCAAAUAGCUGGUGCUUCAACAGAAAUACAAAUAGCAGAGUCAGGCAUUGUGUAUUCCACGGAAAAAGUAGAAUAUAAGCGUCCAUACGAAGAUAUUAUAUCAUUAGAAAAAAUAUCUGGCGACGGGAAAACAUGCAGACUUCACUACAUACAAGAUCAUUCUUUUCCAAAUCACAAGUUAACGAAAGAGCAUUUAGAUAUUAAAUCAGAGGAAAAUGUCUUAAGAGAUUUCCAGGAAACUCUUUCUAAGAAAAUCAGUACAGUUACAAAAAGACCGCGGAAAUUAGCCGUGUUUGUUAAUCCAAUUGGUGGAAAAGGAAAAGGUAAACAAGUUUGUGAAAAAACGGUGGUACCUGUUUUGGAGCUAGCAGGGAUACAGACAGAUGUUGUUGUUUCACAAAGACCGUUUCAUUUUACAGAAAUAACAGAGAACUACGACUUUAAUUCGGUGGACGGGUUAGUUAUAAUGGGAGGGGAUGGAACAUGUUCAGAAAUUAUUAAUGUUCUAAUGAGAAAAACACAACAGGAAGCUAGUGUAGAUUUCAACAGCAGUUCUACUCCUUUAAAAAAGAUGGAUUUCCCUAUUGGCGUUAUACCGACAGGGUCUGCAUGUGGACUUGCUAGACUUGCACAUGGAGUAAUGGAUGUAAUGACAUCAGUUCUACACAUUAUAAGAGGUAAAACAGACCUCUAUAACACAGUUGGUUGUUAUAACAACGACAAACUGAUUGGAUAUGGAAUCAUAUGUUUUGGUUAUGUCCUCUACGCAGAUAUGAUGUAUGAUACUGAUGUUAACUAUCGCUGGAUGAAAACAUUUCGUUAUUUAUAUGUGCCGUUCAUGCGCGUGUUUUUAAAACAAUUCAGAGAGUUGGAAGUGGAAAUAACAUACGAAUAUUUAGAAGAUAGAGAUGCAGGUGAUACAACUGAUGAGACAAAGGCUCAUUUGAAAGUAACAGAGACAAAAAGAAUAACAAAUGUAAUAGGUGGGACGGACGACCUAGAUUUUGAAGACCGACCUUAUGAUAAACAGCCUGCAAAAAAAGACCAAUUCUUUUUGUUAGAUUAUACUAUAUGCGGUAGAUGGGCUAUGGCCAAGCAUUUUGUCAAUCUGUAUCAACUAACUCAGGAGCAUCUGGAUGCAGUGAAACAUUUUGUGAGUUUCAAGAAAAUAAAAUCAGUACGUAUUAGAGCCACGGAAAACAAUGAUCCUAGCCAGAGAGAAAUGAAUCUUAGGUUCAAUAUUGAUGGAGAGAGCCACCGAAUAGAAACGCCGGACGUAUAUAUCAAAUUGUUUCCUCGAUGUUUAACUUUGUAUACCUCUUACAUAGGAUCACGGAGAUGGCGCUAGACUGCAAAUUUGACAACCAUUGCAAUCGAAAGAAACUGUCAACAAUAAUCGAAAAUUUUAGAUUUCGAACUUCAACGUACUUGUAGUUAAAGUUGUUUUUAGUGCAUUUUUAAGAUUGAAAACUCACAAUACUAAUAUACUAUAAAGUUGGUGAUGUAUUGUCGAAAUCAAAUUCAAGACGAUUUUAAGCUUUACAAACUUAGUUUAAGAUGUAAAGGUACUAACGAUUUUCUUUCUGAAAGAAUAAAACAAAAUGCCUGUAGUUAAGUAUGCUUUAAUUAUUUCAAGCUAUAUAAUAACUGAAAAGUUUGAGAUUAUAUAAUGACUACAGUACUAUGUUAUAUAUCCUUUAAUAUUGUAUUUAAUUACCUCACAAGUAUUAUAUAAGUCGGAAAACAGUAGAACGGGUUUUUUCCGUGUCAUGCCAUUCAGGGUCUCUAAAACAAUGCAAAAGACCCCAUUCAUAUUCAAAGUAGCGCACUGUAGCACACCAGAAAAAAAGAGGUUUGUUUUAAUUCUAUGAGUAUAAAUUGAAUGUUGGGUAUACUUCAAUGACAGAAUUAAGAAUGGAAAUAAGGAAUAUGUCUAAGAGGCAAAAAUUCAACAUAAGAGCAGAAAAAAGCACAAUAUACCAAUUGGUUCUUAACGCAGAGAAAAAAAAUGCCUCUUCCUAAUCUUUUUCGCUAUGAAUAUUGUAUAAAUAAUAACUAAUAGAAUAGUAAUUUACUUUUGAAUAAAUAAUCAAUAUCGUAUAACUAAUAUAUAUUGUAUAAAUGAUUACUAUUGUAUAAAUAAUCAAUAUUGU